AUGCAUUUCCACUCGCGCCUCUCGCUAUUCAUAAUAUCGCUCCUCCUGUCGGAGUCCAUGCUCUCCCUUGCAGCAUCCGUGCUUGCCCAAGAUCUCCCAUCCGCGAUCUCCUUCCCGUCGGUCCCAAGUGGAGAGAUCGUCGGCAGUGAUCCAACAGUAUCUCGUGCUUCUCCACCCCAGGAACGUGCUCAGGAACGUGCACCAGAAGAUCGACCAUCCUCGUCCAACAUCGCUUUGCCGAACACUAGCGAUGAUGAGGAGUCAACUUCGUCACUGCCCAUUAUCUUCGACGCCCAGGGCGCUUUGACUCGCCGAGCCGACACCUCAGAUGAUCUCCCCACGCCCUUCGACACCAGCAUAUCGAACAACUUUACCAGCAAAUCCUGCCCCAGUUUCUUCAAACAGUUCCUCGCCGAUUCCGCCUUCACGGACUGCUACGCUCUCUCCUGUCUUCUGCGCGACUCCAAUUCCUUCUUCUACACCCUCCGUUCCGCGCCCGCCACAUCCCAUCUCUUGGAUCUCGCCUGUGCCGCCGAUUCCGACAAAUGCAACAAGAAAAUGUCCGAGCUUGCCUCGAGUCUGAUCAAAGACAGCAACUGCGGGAAAGACUACCGUCUCGGUAAUCCGGUCGUAACGGACGCCUACACCGAUUUCAUCACAUACAUGCCCGUCUACCGCGCAACCUGUCUCACAAGCCCCACGACGAACGAUUAUUGCUUCGUUGAUGCCGUCACCAACACCACCAACCCCGCUGAUUACAACGUCUACUCUGUGGCUUUUGGCAGCACCCUGAGUAGUGCGCCAUAUCCCACGUGCAAUGCGUGUCUCCAGGCUACUAUGCGCGUCUUCGCCACGUAUGCCAAAGUCGCGGACCAGCCACUUGCCAGCUCCUACCUGUCUUCAGCGCAGGGCAUCAAUUCCAAAUGCGGGAGUGGAUUUGUCGACGCGAACGUCACUGUGGCUGUUGAGAAGGCCGUGUCGGCUGGUUUGCGACUGACGCCUAGCGGAUCUCUUUUCGGCUCUGUGUUGGCGUUGUUUGUCGUCACCCUCUUCGGACUGUUCUAG